GCAAGCUACAAGUCACAAUCGUUUUUGUUAGCGAUUGUGUAAUCACCGAGCGAUCUCAAAGUAAAAUCACCGUCAGUUUUAUAAAGCCCCUUUCGCUACUUUCCGACAGUUUGCGAGUUGAUCACGAGCGAUUGAUCGUCGGCUCUAGUCGAGUGAAAUUGAAUCUUUAGACUUUUGUGAAGAAUGAUAGGCAACCGACAAUUUGACGAUCUACUUGACAUUUGCUGCUGAAAAUCAUCGCCAAGGCGUCAUCUCUAAUGCAAAUUUGUUGCUUUGUGUUUGUUUGUGCGCUUGGAUGUUACUGACACUUUAUCUCCGAGCAUAUAGAAGGUGCCGUGGAAUCUCUCACCGAUUGCAAAGAGUUUAUAAAAUAGAAAGAGUUUUCACACUUUGUUGCCAUUUCAUAAUUUGCCGCUGAUGACGCCUACACAACGGUAGUGAAAAAAGAAAAACGCUUAAGAGUCUAACGAAAGGGUUCAAGAUUGUCCGAAUAAAUUAUUAAAAGUGUCCGAAGUAAUUUCAAAAUUGUAACGGUAAAUGUGAAACAUCGAGUGUGUGUGUGUGUGUUGGUGCAUUCGGAAAUUCCUUUGAAGUUUUGGUGUAUAAAAAGUGCAUUUGCAACCAUGGUUGAGCUCGAGAAGGAUGCACAGGACAACGGUGGUGAUACUUAUCGUGAAAAUGAUGUCGCUUCGCGUUUACUCGAUAAUGGCAACGUCAAAGCAAUUGAAAACAAAAAUGGUGUACAAAGUAAAGAAAAACAGGAUCCUGAUACGGAUCCAACAAUGAGCGAAGAAAUUAAUAAGUUAUUAAGAGAUAUGCCGUUAACGGAUGAUCUGACCUGCGGUUUUUGGAUAUUUAAGGGACGCUUCUUUCAAAGAUUUGCGAAUCAAACCGCCUAUGUAUUACUCUAUGGCAUUGUGGGUUGUGUUUUCUCAAUGACAUAUGCCUAUUUCAAUGGCACGAUCACAACUAUUGAGAAGCGCUUUAAAAUACCAUCCAAAAAUACCGGUAUCAUAUCGGUGGGCAAUGAUAUUAGUCAAAUGAUGGUUUCAGCGGUGCUCAGUUAUUAUGCGGGUAAAGGACAUCGACCGCGUUGGAUAGGAUUUGGUCUCUUAACAAUUGUUGUCUUCUGUUUAAUGACUGCCUUACCGCAUCUACUUUAUGGACCUGGUGAUGAUGCGCUAGCGUUAACUGCAGAGUUCGGCGCGCAUCCCGCCGAGAAUGCCACACUGGAGGCGAUUGAAAAACAAGGCCGGAAGACAUUAUGUCGCCUGAAUGGUGGUGGUGCCGAAUGUGAGAUAGGUGAAGGUAAUUUAGCACCACAACUAGUGCUAUUCGUUGCACAAUUCAUCUCUGGCAUUGGUGGUUCGCUAUAUUAUACCUUGGGUGUUUCAUAUAUGGACGACAAUACGAAGAAGUCGCGUACACCAGUUUUGCUCAGCUUAUCCUACUUUCUACGCAUGUUGGGACCAGCAUUCGGUUAUGCGCUCGCCUCCUUUUGCCUGCGCCUCUAUAUCGCGCCAAAUUUGCGUCCGGUUAUUAAUAACAAAGAUCCACGUUGGCUGGGCGCUUGGUGGUUGGGUUGGCUGGUGAUUGGUGGUAUGAUAUUUGUUUCGGGUAUCUUUCUUACAAUGUUUCCGAAACAAUUGCCACGCGCUAUGGCAAGACGUAUGGUCGAAGAGGAGCGUCGUAAACGUAAUGCAUUGAAGGAAAAUGAAGAGAAUGGCAUUAAAGAACCAACGGAGAAGCAUAAAUUAACCGCAGAAACGGAGGAGAAACCGAGUGAGGAUGCCAAAGCUUCAUUUUGGGAUAUGUUGACAACUUUCAAACGACUUUUAAAAAAUAAAACCUUGAUGUGUAACAAUUUCUCAUCGGUUUUCUAUCUUUUCGGUUAUACACCGUACUGGAUAUUCACACCGAAAUAUAUUGAAAUACAAUAUCAGCAAUCGGCAGCGACUUCGAGUUUGGUGACUGGUACCGUUGCGCUAGCUUUCUCCGCCGCUGGUAUUUUACUAUCAGGCUUUGUAAUAUCGCACUAUAAGCCCCGAGCACGCUAUAUGGCCGCAUGGAAUGUGAUUGUGGGUUUCUUGACAGUAGCUGGUAUCCUGGCAUAUGCAUUUAUCGGUUGCCCUGGUAAUGAACAAUCGGUUAUUGUUAAUAUACAUGACAGCGCUCUGAACAGCACACCCACCUGCAAUUCGGUAUGCCAUUGUGAUUAUGUGCGCUACUCACCAGUGUGUGGAGAGAAUAAUAUGACUUAUAUCUCACCAUGCCAUGCGGGUUGUAAGAAACAAUACAAAACUGCCAGUGGAAGGAAGAUUUACUACGACUGUUCUUGUAUACCUAAUGAUAGCCGCAAUAAGACUUCGAAACCUCUAUUUCAACGUCUCACAGUUAUGGAUUUGAAAUCAGAGGAAUUAGAGGAUGAUGAAAAUUUCACCACAACGAUGAUACCCGAAGAGUGGACCACCACAACAGAAGUGUUAACUUUACCCACAACGCUGAGCACGACAUAUCCUGAUGUUGCACUCGGCGGUCAGGCCAUAACUGGCGCCUGUCCGGUAAACUGUUUCGCUCAAUUCGUCACCUUCCUAUCGGUGAUGUGUUGUCUGAAGUUUGUCGGCGCUACAGGGCGCGCUUCGAACUUCUUGGUGUCAGUACGCUGUGUAUCUGAAAAGGAUAAAACGGCUGCCAUGGGUUUCGGCAUGAUGAUGAUGUCGAUGUUAGCGUUUAUACCCAGUCCAAUCUUCUUCGGUUGGGUGCUCGAUCGUCUUUGCUUGGUGUGGGGAAAAACGUGUACGAACAAGGGCAAUUGCUGGCUUUAUGAUCCUGAAUCGCUAAGAUACACACUCAAUAUAACCGCUUCCGUAUUUGUUGCUAUUGGCGCUCUGUUCGAUUGGGGUGUUUGGUAUUAUGUAAAAGAUCUAAAAAUCUUCGACGAGGAGGUGAAAGAUUUCGAAAUGAAUGUUGUGCAGCAUGAGGAAGAGGUGAAUUCAAUAAAGGAUUUGGAAGCAUAAUUGUCAUUGCGCAUAAAUAUUAUGGACCUAGUUCGUUGUAUGAGAGUGUGCGUCUGUUUGAGUGCGUCUGUUUUGGUUGUGAGUGUGGCUGACGUAUAUACUAAGUAGACAUGUAAAUACAAGUUUUUGAUCUUCUAUUUUUUUUAAUACAAGGUUAUACAGUUGCGAGUAUACAAGUAUAUAGUAAAUAACUAGCUCAUUUUGUAUAUAAACUGAAGAAAUAAAACAAAAAUAAGCUAAUUUACCAAAGUUUUUGCUAAAUAAUUUUGUUAAUGUUUAUAUAUAUUUACAUACGCGAAUUAUUUGUUGUUCUUUAUGAUUAAAAAAUAUCCUGUAUAGCAGAAAUUAAUUACAAAUUGUAGAUUUCUAAGAAUGAAGUAUUAAUAGCUAAGUUUUAUGUAUCAAUCUAUGUGUCUAAUCUUAGUUUAAUUAUUGUACAUAUAUACAUUCGAAAAUACAUUUACUUCAUUCUCAAUAAAAUAAGAAUUUUAAAA